AUGCCACUAGUUAAACCCAUCAUUGAUAAGGAUAUUGAGGCGUUACGACGUGCGGUUGAGGUGUCUCCUCAUCAACAGGACCGGCACAUACACCUGCGUCGACUUGUGUCUCGAUUGCUAAGAAAGUACUCACAGUCCCAUUGGCUACCUGAUCUUGACGAGGCCAUUCAGCUCACACAGCAGGCUUUGGACGAGCUUCCACUUGAUAAGCCCUGUCGCGCGAGAUAUCUUUUGGAGGUGGCGGACUGUUGGGACUCCGAGUUUUAUCAAAAGGGAAACCCCGUGAUACUGGUAUACUCAUGCCGGUUUGCUCGUCAAGCCAUUAACGAGGCGGAACAACAUCACCCAGAUUAUGCCCAUUCCCUCAUCGCGUUCUCAAGGGGUCUAUUUGAGAGACACAAAAUAUGGAAUGCGAUAAGCGACAUCGAGGAAGCGAUCAAAAUCUUGCGCAUAGCGCUAGCAAUGGUCACAAAUGAGCUUUCUUUGAGAUUGCAGGCCCUGCAGCUACUACAGCUGAGCUUCUUUUACAAAUAUCAGCGAACGAGAACAGCGCAAGAUCUUGGCGAAGCUGCGAAGCUUGAGAGUGAUCUAGAUCUUACCUUUCGCCUUGCGCGAGAGGCGACCGAUUGGACUCUAAAGGCAGAUGUCAGAUUAGCAACUGAAUUAGUCCUUGCUAUUCAAGAACUAGGACGAAUCCAGGGCAGUUCAAAGAACCAUCAAGAUCUUGAGAAAUCAUUCGAGGUCAGCCGAGAAUGGCUAGAUGUCUUUCCGGAUGACGUACCAAUCAAGGCAUACCUGUGGUCUGGUCUCGGAGACAUCUAUUUCCACCAAAUAAUACUUCUUUAUAAAGAAGAAGAAGAGGGGGGAGAAGGAGAAGAAGAAGAAGAAGAAGAGUAUGACACUAGUAAAGCCUAUGAGUGCUUUGAAACAGUCUUAUAUUCAGAGACUGCGCCUACUUUACUCCGAGUGCAGUGCGGGACGAAGAUAUCCCAAGGCAUUGCACCAGAAGACCGGCACUGUUGGGGUGCAAUCGUAGAAUCCAUCGACUUAAUCCCAAAACUCUCAAUCCGAUUGCUUCGGAGAUCUGACAAGCAGUAUAUAGCGAGGCUUUUUUCAGAUCUAGCCACCCGUGCUGUUUGCUUCGGACUUAAAUACCACGAAGAAAACCGUCAGAAGGUGCUCGAGGGUGAUGACGGAUUAUGGUUGGUCAUCCAUCUCAUGGAGCGAAGUCGUGGUAUCAUUGCCACCUCUCUUGAUGACAUACGGGCCAACAUUGAUAUCCUUGACGACAGAUUACCUGGUUUGGUGGGUGAUAUCACUCGGCUUCGGCAGGAGCUCGAGCAACUUGAGUUGGACGAUAGACUAGGGGCCAAUUCAGACGGUUUGAACCUGCAGUUUCAACGCCGGUAUGAAAUCGGUCUCGAUUUGGAGAUGCUGUAUUUGAAGAUGAAAAAAGAACCAGAGUUCGACAUGGAUAUCUUCACUUCUGUGCCUGACAUGGUGGAAAUAGCCGGGGAUCGUGGUCCGAUAAUCAUCAUCAACGUGAUGGUAUUCCGUUCCGACGCCCUAAUUAUUACAGAGAAGGACAGAGGAUGUAAGCCAGUUCAUGUACCCCUCCUGGGACUUCAGCAUGCGGAAAUAAUAUCAAAAUUGAAGACGGGGAAUUUGGGAUUGCCCAGUGUCCUGGAAUGGCUGUGGGACACUGUUGCAGCACCAGUUCUAUCAGCACUGGGCUUUAACGGACCACCCUUGAACAAUGACUGGCCUCACAUUUGGUGGAUUCCCACGGGGCCUCUGACAGCUUUCCCUUUACAUGCUGCAGGAUACCAUAUGUCAAACACGGGUGAGACAGUGAUAGAUCGAGUUGUGUCAUCAUACAGCUCAUCAGUCAAGGCUAUCACCGAGGGCCGGCGGCGAUCAACUAAGCCAGUUUCCCGUCAUAAACGAGCACUUCUAGUGGGAAUGUCAGACACUCCAGGGUAUACUCCGCUUCCUUACGCCGCCGAUGAGAUCGAGGCAGUGCAUGGUUGCUGCAAGUCGAUAGGAAUCAGUACCGUUGAGCUUACACAAGAAAACGAAACCGUCCUUGGAUCGAUCAAAAGUUGCGACAUUUUUCAUUUUGCCGGACAUGGAUACACCGACUACAAUGAUCCGAGUCAAAGUUAUCUGGCAUUGAAGGAUCCAAUGACUGUCGACGCCCUCCUAAAGUUGAAUCUUUAUGAAACACAACCCUUUCUCGCCUAUCUAUCUGCAUGUGGGACCGGCCGUACGAAAGACUCGAAAUUAUUCGACGAAGGUAUUCACCUGAUCAACUCAUUCAAACUGGCAGGCUUUCGCAAUGUUAUUGGUACCCUGUGGGAGGUCAGUGACAAGGCAUGCGUCGACGUGGCGAGGAUCACGUAUGAGGUACUCAAUCGGAACGGUUUAACAGACGACGCGGCUUGCCGGGGCCUACAUGAAGCAACCCGGCGGAUGCGGGACCAAUGGGUGCAAAAUAUCUCAAAUGAAAAUCCGGAAUGGAGAAUGAGAUCACGUCGAGAUAUGCUCCUUUUGGAGGAAGUGAGCCUGAGUGCGAUGGAAUGGGUCCCGUAUGUGCAUUUUGGUAUGUAA